GGUACAUACUGAACGCAAGCGACGAGAUGGUAUCGGAGAAGGUGUUCUUCGAGGCGCUGGAGGAUGCGCUUGCCCUCUGGCCAACGGACGUGCACCUCGUGGACUAUACGGUCGCUCCCAGUCAGCUGCUGCCGCUCUCCGAGCAUCAGCUGGCUCCCCACUUCCAUCUGUUUGUAGAGCUGGACGGACCGCUGCUGUCUGACGAACAGACCAAACUGGUGGACGAGACGCUACGACGGCGGCACGCGAGCUACGACAACAGUCGGCGGCGGGAGCGCGUAUGCCCGGUUGUCGUCCGUCAGCUGCCGGCGGGCGCGUUCCGCCGCUUCCGGGACCACUUGCUGGCAACCACGACCGCCAGUCCCACCCAGUUCAAGAUGCCCCGCGUGCUGAGAACCGCGGAGGCGGCCGAGUGGCUCCUCAAGUGUCACCUCUGAGUGAAGCUCGCGAGUAAUGUCAUGUGCGCAUAGAGGAUGACGCACCGGCAUGAGAGCAACGACGGAUCACAAGUUUGCCUGUUUGCAUUAAGGCUGUACCUCAGUGGGGCACGCGACUCCACUAACUGGUCAGCUGAACAAAAUGCGAUUCAGUGGGACGGAGCGACGUGUUUA